AUGGCCGAUAUCGUGAAACAGAUCAUUGCAAGGCCGAUACAAUUAGCAGACCAAAUCAUUAAAACAUCGGAAUACGUUUGUUCAUUCAAGCAAGAUUGUGGCGAGAUCAAGAACAAGACGGAAAAGCUCGUUGGCCUCCUUCGGCAGGCGGCACGUGCCAGUAACGAUCUCUACGAACGACCCACACGAAGGAUCAUGGAGGACACCGAGCAAGUUCUCGAUAAAGCGUUACACCUCGUAAUGAAAUGUAGUCGAAACGGGCUUCGACGGGUGUUCAAGAUAAUCCCUAACGGUCUUCCACGGAAAACGUCGCAGCAAAUCGAGAAUUCGAUCGGAGACGUGUCGUGGCUCCUUCGCGUAUCCACUCCAGCGGAUGAUCGUGACGACGAGUAUCUCGGAUUGCCUCCUAUUGCCGCUAACGAGCCGAUCUUGUGCCUGAUUUGGGAACAAAUCGCGAUCAUGUGUUCCGGUACGGUGGAGGAGCGAGUCGAUGGUGCGGCGUCACUCGUGUCGUUAGCACGCGAUAACGAGCGGUAUGGGAAAUUGAUCAUUGAGGAAGGCGGCAUACCACCGCUUUUGAGACUUGCGAAAGAAGGAAAUUCAGAAGGGCAAGAAAAUGCCGCAAGAGCGAUCGGGCUACUUGGUCGCGACCCUGAAAGCGUGGAACACAUUUUGAAUGCUGGUGUUUGCUCGGCGUUCAUGAAAAUAUUGAAAUUUGCGGAAAUGAAAGUACAGGUAGUCGUGGCAUGGGCCGUAUCGGAAUUAGCCACAAACUACCCGAAAUGUCAAGAACAUUUCAUGCAAAACAAUGUGAUCCGAUUGCUCGUUGGCCAUUUAGCGUUCGAGACAAUUCAAGAGCAUAGCCGAUACGCCAUUGCUAGCAAGCAGAAUAUGUCGAUCCAUACAGUAGUUAUGGCCAAUUCCGAGACAAACCCUAACAAAAACAACCGAGAUGGAAAUGAGGAUGUCGAAAAGUGUCAGCUUUUACAUCCCGCAGGCUCAAAAACGAGCGAUAUGCAUAAUGUAGUGACGAAUACCGUCACUAUGAAAUCUAGAAAGAUUCAUAACGAUAGGGCACAUAGUCGAAGCACGAGUACAAGACCGAACAAGCACCAACCCUCAAGAAACAACCGAAAACACAUCACACUAACCGGGAUUAGCAUUAGAGAGCGGGAAGCCGAAGACCCGUCCACGAAAGCUGAAAUGAAGGCGAUGGCGGCUCGAGCAUUAUGGCACCUCUGUGCGGGCAACGUCUCGAUUUGCAAGAGCAUAACCGAGUCACGAGCGCUUCUUUGUUUUGCAGUACUUCUCGAAAGAGGCGAGUAUGAAAUACAAUAUAACUCCGCAAUGGCACUAACGGAGAUCACCGCGGUGGCGGAACAACACGUCGAAUUAAGACAUUCGGGAUUUAAACCGACAUCUCCCGCUGCUCGAGCCGUUAUCGACCAAUUCCUUAAAAUCAUCAAACACGCUAACUCGGACUUUCUAAUCCAAAGCAUCCAAGCGAUCGGCCACUUGGCGAGAACGUUUCGAGCCACCGAAACACGAAUCAUUCCACCAUUAGUCAAGCUUCUAGAAGACACCGAAACACACGUAUCGACCGAAGCAACGAUCACUUUGAUCAAGUUUGCUUGUACUGAUAAUUUUCUUCACGUAACUCAUUGCAAGUCGAUAUUAGAUGCGGGUGGUGUUAAGCACUUGAUUCAGCUAACUUAUUUUGGCGAACAAAUGGCUCAAUUCCCGGCCCUGAUCCUUCUUUGCUACCUUUCGAUUCAUGUACCCGAUAGCGAGAUACUAGCUCAAGACAAAGUCCUUGUCGUGCUCGAAUGGGCGUUGAAACAAGAUCAUUUCACGAAAGAUUCGUCAUUAGAAACGCUCAUCAAUGAAGGGAAGCAAAGAUUGGAGAUCUAUCAGUCUAGAAAUAUCAGAGGAUCAUCGAUACGAUAA